AUGCGCCUGCGCCAUCUUCCGGCUCCGGGCGGCGAGUCCGCCGUUACUGAGGAGGAGGCACCCCCGGGUUGGCGGGGGGGCGCGGCCGCGGUGGCACCCGUACCCGAAGAGGCGGCGGGUGAGGGGUUCCGGAACUUGCCGGGCGUUCCGGGGGUCGGUGCAGGAGCGGGCGCCGCGGCUGGGCGGAUCUCGGGCCUGGGAAGAACCGGGACGUCUUGCCGCGGGGUCGGUUGCAACGGCUCUUCCGGCUCUGGACUAUACUUCCCAUCGGCCUCCGCGGCUUGCCCCCUAGCGUCCUCUUCACGCGGCCAAGCUCGCAGCCGGGUCCGCGGGCCCCUUAGCUCCGCCGCCUCGGGACUCCGUCCUUCCCGGGAGACAGACCAGGAGGAGGGACCACCAACCCGUGACAUUCUGAAAGUCAUGUCCCGUGGGUCAGACUCGUUUGGGGACGUGGCCGUAGUCUUCUCCCAAGAAGAAUGGGAGUGGCUGGCACCUGCUCAGAGGGCUUUGUACAGAGACGUGAUGUUGGAGACCUAUAGCAACCUGGUGUCCCUGGGUCUGGCCAUUUCCAAACCUGACGUGAUCUCCUUCCUGGAGCAAGGCAGAGAGCCCUGGACGGUGGAGAAGGCAGCAGCAGGCGGCACGCGCCCUGGUUUUUCUAUUUCCAAGCCAAGUGUGAUCUCCCUACUGGAGCAAGGGAAUGAACCCUGGAUGGCGAAGAGAGAUGUGGCCAGAAGCUUGUGCCCAGAUUGGGUAUCCCUGUGGGAAAAAAAAUGGAAAAAUUCACAAAGAUCCUGGGGUCCCCAGUCUCCAGGACGACUGGGAAUGUAAAGGCACACUUGCAACACAUCAAAAAAAUGAGGAAGGACAUUCCAGUGAAGUCCUAAUCACCCAGGAGGAAGUACCUGCUCUGAGACAGGUAACAUCCCAUAACCUGCUUCAGGUUGCUCCACGUGGACAUAGACCUUAUUGGUGUAGAACAGGUUUUGGCAGAAUAAAUCUUUUUCAUUAGAAAAUUAAUACUGGUGAAAAAUCUUCCGAAUGCAAGCAGUGUGGAAAGGCUUUGCAUCGUCAUUCCUGUCUUCCUCCACAUCAGAGAAUUCAUACUGGUGAGAAAUCCUGCAGUGUAAAAGUUGUGGAAAAACCUCUCUCCAACACUCGCAACUGAAUUACAUCCUAGAACUCGUACUGGUGAAAAACCCUAUCCGUGUUCUGAAUGUGGAAGAGCUUUUAGUCACCACCAAUUAUUCAACAGCAAAGAAUUCAUAGUGGAGAAAAGCCCCUAUGGCUACAAGGAAUGUGAAAGGCCUUUCAAGGUAUCAUACAACAAGCAUCAAAGAAUCCACACCAGUGAGAAGCCACAUAAAUGUAAUGAAUGUGGAAAGGCCUUUGCCAUUGUUCACAGUUGCCGCAACAUCGGAAGAGCCACACUGGUAAGAAAUCUUGGUAAGUGUAAGGUCUGUGGUUAGGACUUCAGGCAGAGCUCACAGCUUAGCUGUCACUAGAGAAUUCACAGUGGGGAGGAACCUUGUAACCAUAAUGAAUGUACGAAAGUCUUUGGUCAGAUUUCACAACUUCCUGUUCAUACUAGCAAGCACACUGGUGAGACCCUGUAACAACGCACUGAAUGUGGGAAAGAUUUUAGUCACUGGUUAUUCAACACAGAAAAUUCAUAGCAAAGCCCGAUGAAUGUAAGGAAUGCAGGAAAGCCUUAUGGUUACUCACACUUACCCAGCAUGAGAGAAUUCACACUAAUGAGAAACCCUGUAAAUGUAGUGAAUGGAACGGCUUUCAUCUGUCAUUCCUAUCUUCCUCAACAUCAGAAAACCCAGACUGGUGAGAAACCUGAUAAAUGUACAGAUUUGGGCUAGGGCUUUAGGCACGGCUCACAACUUACCAUCAGAUGGUUCACACUGGGGAGAAGUCAGGUGAACGCAAGGAAUGUGGGGAAACCUUCAGUGAGUGUUAACAGCACAGAUGAUAGCAGAAAAUUCAUUCUCAAUGUAUGAUACAGUUUGCAGCUAUUACCUUUGAUAACACUGUCAUGAAAAAGGAUGUAUCUAUACAUAGAAAAGCAGUCCACAAACUCACAUAUAGGCAGAGGCAAUGUGAAAGAACUGUGGAGAUAAAGCACAUCUAGCUUUACAUCAAAACAUGAAAAGUGGUUCUGAGUUAUUGUGAAUCUUUAUUUUCCCAUUAUGUACUUGUACAGCCAAACCCUCAACAAUAACCAUGUAGCACUUUUAAAAAUGACAAUUAAAAUGUGCCAUGGAUGCUCUUAUCAUCUCAGUAGGGGGAAAAAACAGAUUUCUCUUUUCUCACUUGAAUGUGGGAAUUAAGAAAUCUUCAGUGUGAAGGAGUGCCCUGUUUUGUUUUGUUUUUCAACAAUAAUUUCCUUUAGUAAAGAUUUUCACAUGUCCUGUGUUUAAUGGGAAAGGAUUAAAAUGUUAUACAAACAGACCAGUAUAUACAUUUUUACCGUUUUCUUUCAGAUCAUAUAAUUUUCCCUCAAAAUCUGUGCACAUUCUUGUGCUGUUUUCAAAAACAGAUACUCAGUUGGAUUUGACGCAUCAGUCGAUCCUAGUGGAGGACCUCUACAGGAUUCAGAUUCAAACUCAGCGGCAGCUUCUUCUAGUUCUUUACAUUCUCUUCCAGUUCCUGCUGCCUCCUGGCAAAGAACGUCUCCGUGUCAUCUGAGGCCCACGGGUUUGUGGUGGGAACCACUGAGUUUUCCUUGGAGUGAGAUUUCCAGCGCGAGCUGUUCCCAGCGCUGGCCUCAUAGUGGGAGUGCUGCGUGGAGUUCUGUUCUGCCCGUUCUCCUCAAGAAGUGUGGCACUCAUCUCUGGUAGCCUCUCAGGAGUCCUGGGGAGAAUGUCUAGUUUAUUUUCCAAUGAAUUUCUAACUGUUAAUUCUUCCAGGUAGAGUUGCUUGUAUUUUUCCAAUUCUGUUCUACUAGAAUAUCGAGAAGUUUUUGCUUUGAAGAGUUCCAACUCCAGGUCUUUAGUUCUGAGUUCCAUCUGGCUUCUUAUUGAAGCAUUAUUAUUUUCUCUCACCUGCUCUUUUCCUGAGAUGCCGCUUGUGCCUGUAAAAACAGACCGACUUCUUUUACUUUUUCUACUAUUUCCUGUCUUGCUCUUCAAACUCCCACUUAUACAGUUCUACUUGGCUGUGUUCUGCCAUGUUCAUUUCUGUAUGAGUCCUGAGGUGUCGGCUCCCCCCUGCCUCUGGCCCGCAACCUGGGAGGAGGGGAGACGCGAUGAGGUGUCAAAGAGCCGAAAGGACCGGCCACGGGACUCCAGGCUGAACCGCGUGAGAGCGGUGCUGAGAGGGCACCCUUCGUGUUUAUUGAGCAAAAACAUGUUAGAAAUCUGGGGUGUAGUCUUAAUAGACAACCAGUAACUAACUCUAACUCAAUCCUCGGCAGUCUCUAGUCUCCGGGGCACCACGUCUUACAAGGUAUUGAAACAAUAGCAAGGGCAAUUAGGUCACAGAAACUGUUUUGGUCUUGUUUGUUCUGUUCUUGAUCAGUUAUCAGGAAUUACAGGAAAAAUAAUCAAGUCAUAUAUGAUUAUACAUUUGAUUUCUGUACUUGAUUUAUAUGUUAAUCCCACACUGAGGUUUACUACUUUCUGUUCCAACUUCUUUAUAUUCUUCUCUAGUUUUUCACAUUUCUUUUGCAUUGCUCUCAUAGAUAAUAGCUCCUGUUGAAGAACUUGAUUUCUUGUAUCUAGAUGUAGACAUUUUGAAGAUGAAGUUUCCAAUUUUGCUGCAAGAUCAUCAGUCUUAUGUUUUAGCAUAUUAAUCUGAAUGUCCACUUCAAUUUGAUCGGGCUUUAAAUCUCCAUGGAAACUCAGCUCUCCAUUUUCAUAUUCAUUUAACUUCUUUCUUGUCAUUUUUAAGUUUCUUAAGUCCAGAAAUCUCUUUUUCUAAUUCACUAUUUUUCUUCACUUCUUGAUCCAAACUGUUUUAGAGAUUGUUUUAACUCCGUCAAUUUCCUUAACUGUUUCUUUUCAUCUUGAGACAAACUUGUACUUAAAAGGUUUUUCUGAAGCUGUUCGCUUUGUCCACUUGCUUUUUGAUUACUUUUGUCAUUUUCGAUUUCAAGCUUGACUUUUGAUUUGCCUCAAUUUCUUCUUUAAAUCCUGUGUUUCAUCUUUUAAAUUAAUUCAUUAACGUGAUGUAACCUCCAGUGAAGCCUUUGACAUAGAUUGUUUUUUUAGGGUAUCAGACAGUUCUUGUUGAAGUCUCAUAAUGUUACUGCACUGCUGGCUUGUCGGCUUUCCGCGCUGACACCUGGGCCAUCUGUCUGCUCCUCGUGUGGCCGUCCGAAUCAGGAGUGCCCUGUUUUUAUAAAUUUUUAUUACAGUAUAAAUGCAUACCAAGAGGGCUACAUUAAGUAUACAUAAUUUUCAUGAAGCUACCCACCCAUGUAAGAUUCCACCAUGUAAGACCCUGAUUGUGCGCAUUACCAGCACCUCUAAGCUUCCUCGGUAUCCCUUCCUGACACUGCCACCUCUCAUUACCAAGUUCUGUCACCAUAAUGUAGGUUGCCAUCCAUAGAUGAUUCUGUUUCUAUCGGAAUUGACUGUCUUCCUUGGAAUCUGUGAUGCACGCCGCAGCUCACUAAAUCUAAACCGAGAUCUGUUUAUUGUUAUCUCUACCCCCUCAUUGCCUGGCACCAGGGAGACUUGCCCCAGCGACCUGGGGGCAAUUACAUUCCUGGAGUCAAGCAUGUUAAUCACUGUGUCUAGAAACUUGUUAACCCGCUCAGGAAUGUGAUGCCUGGUCAAUAAAUAUGAGAGGUGCCUUUCCAGCACCGCUCUUGAGCUGGUGUGCCUCGAUCCCCUGGCUGCCCCACUCAGGUCUUCGCUGUCUCAUUGCGUCGCCUCUUCUAUCUGUGGGUCGGAGACGGGGAGGAGGCCGGCAAGUGGCGCCGGAACAGGGACCUGAAAGACGGUCAAAACUCAGGGCGGAGAACCUCCACUCCAGGCGACCCUUGAAACUCAGGGCAGAUAACCUCCGUUCGGCAGCACUUACAAUUCAAGGGCGGGAAAAAGCUCCGGUCCGGUAAGAUUCCCGGGAAAGCUUAUGUAGGGACAGGAUUGAGACGUCAGGGACACCUAAAUGGGCCAACAUGAAACUAAAGCAGAUAAGCCGGAGGAUUACUUAAAAUUACUCCGUGCCCUCCUGAAAACACCAGGAGUGAAAACUUCUAAAAAGAACUUUGCUCAACCUCAUAAAUACAUUAAAAAGUAUUGUUAUCAGUUGCCUCCACGGGGAACCCUCAGACGAGCUGGUGGGAGUAAUGCAUUAAGAGAUUUCCAAGAGGCUCACAGUCAGGGAAACAUCCCUGUGCCUGUUUGGGUGGGUCAAUAGCCCCUUAAUAAAGAAAAAGUGGCAUCUUUAUGCAAGUUAAAGAACAGCUUCAGCUAGAUAGAUUACAAUUUUCCAUGAACCUGUGAAAUUCCCCUGUAUUUGUUAUAAAAAAGAAGUCAGAAAAUUAGAGACUCUUACAUGACUUAAGGCAAAUUAAUGUGGUUCUUAAACCUAUGGGACCUUUACAACAAGGCCUCCCUUUUCCGGCUAUGAUUCCAAAAGACUAGAAUAUGGCUAUCAUUGACCUUAAAGAUUGCCUUUUUACAAUUCCUUUGACCAUAACACAUAGGGGAAAAUUUGCUUUUACUGCCCCUUCUUUAAACUUACAGGCCCCUUCAGAAAGAUUUCAGUGGAAAGUGCUUCCUCAAGGAAUGCUAAAGAACCCCACAAUUUGCCCAAAUUAGGUGCAUAGGACUGACUCUUAAGCCUAUAUGUAGAAAAUGGCCCUCAGCUUAUAUCAUUCAUAAUAUGGAUGAUAUUCGCAUAACUACUUAAACAUCUAUCUCUUACUAUUCUCAAUGAGAUCAAAGUUGAAUUAAAACAAUGGGGCUUAUAAAUCGCUCCUGAUAAAAUACAAAUACAAUACCCAAUGAAUUACCUGGGGAAUAGAAUUCAAGAAAAUUCAAUAAUCCCUCAGCAAAUUCAGAUAAGGAGAGAUCAUCUUACAACUUUAUAUGAUUUUCAAAAAUUAUUAAGAGGUAUCAAUUGGCUCCAACCGUUACUAAGUAUUCCUACUUAUAAAUUGCCACAUCUCUUCAAUACUUUGAAAAGACUCUCAGAUCUUAAUAGUCCUAGAGACUUAACCUUAAAAGCUGAAGAAGGACUCAAGUAGGUAGAACCACACACUCAAAAGGCUCAAUUAUCAAAAACUGACUUACACAAACCUUUACUCUUAUUAAUUUACCUUGCUCCCCCUUCAAAGCAGUCCUCUUAGGCCUGUGCCACUUUCUCCUGUGUAAUGUAAAUGGAGCCUGUAAAGUAAUCAAGCUGAACCCUCAGACCAACAUGUAAAUAGCUCUAUUCUAUUGACUCCUUUCUUUAGAGGCAGUCCUCCUGGAGCUAAGCAUUUUCUUGUCUGCAGCCCCAGGGAAGUGAUACAAGCCUGUGACUCUGAUCAAGACUCUAGCAGUGAAAAGUCACACAGUCCCUGCACUUAUCAGACAGGCAGGGGCCUCUCAAAGAAUGACUAGAGCUCAGGCAGAAAAAAACUAAGAAAAUGAACUGAGAGCAAUUCGAUCCCUAAAUUCUAAAAAAGAAGUGUCUUAUCUUCUGCUAACAAACCUGGCCCCAGUAAAACUGCUUAGAGAGACUUGGCCCCUGAAAGAAGUAUGCGAUAUAAUGUUAUGCAGCUAAAUAUAUUUUGCCACAAGGAAAGAAAAUAGUCAAAAGUCCCGUGAACUACUACAGUAUGGAACUAGUUUUCUAAAUUCUUUUAGUGAAAAUCUACUUACUAAGUUCAUCAUUAUCUUUGAAAAUUGGGAAGUCUUAAACUAGACUCCCUGAGAUAGAAGAAAUUUAUCUUCUGCAAUACAGCCUGGUUUUAAAUGACUGGAGCUAGAAUUUCACUUGCAUUUUAUUUCCAGCCCCCUGGACACACACAGUCCCUAUCAGUUCAGAGCCUUCAUUGGCCCUGUUAGUCUGGGGCCAUCUAAACCUUAACCCAGUUAUGUAAACCGCUCGCCCUUAGAGUGUAUUCUUGAAAACUGAAGUACUUUUAAUCAAGUAAGCUAAAAAGAAAGAAGGCAAUUGAAUAUUAGUAAUCUUUAUAUCAGUUUGUCUGUGUAUAUGUUUUUAUAUGAAAAGUGUUGCUAACUGUAGUCAUUACAUCUCAAUUUGUAUGUUUGUGUGUCUAAGUGUGUAAAUGAAAAAUAUUUUCCUACCUCUGGAUGGUAUUAAUAAAAAUUGAUUUAAAAACAAGCGCUUGUGAAAAUUGGGCAUUGUAAAACUUCCAGAAAAUCUAAUAAAAAAUAUUAAACAUUAAUGCUAAUUUAAGUUUAACUGAAAUGGACAUGUCCUUACAGUUAUCAGCUGCCAAAGUUUACUUAAAGUCAUUUAAGUUGAUGUUACCUGUUAAACAUUUCAAGAAGAUGCUUAAAGAAAAGCUUGACUUUGUCUAAUAUUUGGUAAAAGUUUUAUAAGUAAUCUAGCAUGGUUGCUAAAAAUAAGUAAACAAGUGUAGCAAAUAAACAUCUUAAUAAUAAUACUGUAUUAAUGUAUAACAGUGUAUAUAUCUGCAAACAGCCUGAGAAUUUUUAUGGUAAUCAAAAUUCUUAAAGUUUGCUAAGUUAUAUAGACAUAUUUUGUGCCUAAUGAGAAAUUGUGCUGUAAAGCACAUUUCCAAAAAUGAUAAUAUACAUGCAUAGAUGUAUCAUUCUGAAGAAUGCUAGUGUAACAGUUUACAGUGGCCUGUUUUUCAGUGUUCACUGAAAGUUAAAGUAUCAAAUGGUUUUCAGUUCUAAUGAAAACUACUUAAUAUAAUAAGGAAAAUAUAUCUGUAUGCUAAAGAUGUGUGUUUUAAUAAGAGAAAGUAUAAAGAAUGGAAAUUCAUUUUGUUGAGGGUAAAAGAAGGUAAUUGUUCUAAAGUACAGCUAUUUAUCUAAAGGGGGAGAACACUGAAUGUUAAAAGAAACUUGUAGAAAGCUUGUGGAAAAAUUGAUAGAGUCAUGCUAUGUGAAAUUAAAGCAAAUGAGUCUUGAUAUCAAGUACACAGCAAAAUUAGAAUUUUAUUUUCAGUUAAAAAGACAGUUUUCUUAAACUUAGUCUGCUCUUAAUGUUGAAAGAUUGCAAAAGGUUUUCUAAUUGUUUUAUCGAAACAGUUUCUCAUGCUUAAAGUCUCAAUGAAUUGUCUGAGUAUUUAAGAAAAUGAGAUUCUAAUAUCAAAGGACUAAAAGUUAAACUUUGCUAACAACUAUGUAAACUUCUGUAUCUGCCUUUGAAGUAUUUUGUUGUCAUUCUAGUUAAAUAGAUAAGUAUUGCUUCAUGGCAACCUAUAAUCUUAUUUAAGCAAAUGCCAAAGAAACUUUCUUUUGACAACUUUCCAAAAUCAAAUUCAAAAAGGUGCUUUUACCUCUAGUUAACUGAUAUUUUCCAGAGGGCCCCUGGAACAUGUCAGAAGAAUUAAGAAUUUUUUCUCCUCAUCGGGAAAAAUAUUUGGCUAAUUUGGCUUAUUUAUCUAAUAUUUAUUUACCUAGAAAGCGCUGUCAAAAGGAAUGAUGCUAAAAUUUGUUACUGAAUGUUUUGUGGUACAGAAAUAUCCAAAUUUUCUUAUGUCAACUAUCUUAUGUAAGCACUCAUCAAGUCUUCAACCAUUGUCAUUUGUAAGUCUUUUGUCAUUUAAAGUCACUGUUUUGUUACUCCUAAACUAGUAAAGAACUAGAUUUCAGCAGAACAGGUAUUGGUUACAUAAGAUUAAGUAAACUAAAGAAGACGAUUUUGUAGCUUUUUGUUUCAAAUGUUGCUGACAAAAUGUUUUAAGCUUUUUCUCUUAAGCUGACUGACAACGCUCCAGUUUACCUCUCCUCUAUGCUAAAAAAUUUUUUUUCAGCUAUAUAAUAUCACUCAUAAAACAGGCAUUUCAUACAAUUCUACAGGCCAAGCUCUAAUUGAACAUCGCCAUCUUACUCUUAAGCAUUAUUUAUUAAAACAAAAAGAGGGAUUACUGCCCAAUAUGAUAAAAUUAACUGCAAAUCAAUGACUAAUGCAUGCUUUACAUGUUCUCAAUUUUGAUCUCUUGAAAGGUGAUGGACAAUCAGCUAUGGAAGUGCAUUUUUCUGACAAUAUUUCUUUGUCUAAAACAACAGCAGUUCCUGUAUGGUGGUCUCCAACAGGUUCUUCACAGUGGCAUAAAGGUCAUGUUAAGGUGUGGGGCAAAGGGUUUGU